GUACCGCCCAUGCUCUUGGACUUCCCCCCUCCUACGCUCGUCUCGGGGUACUGGGCGGUCCUGACCUCUGAGGUGAGUGUCCCGAGUUACUCCUGACGUUCGUCCAUCUAACAUUGUCAUUUUCCAUUUUUUCAGGUCUUCCCCCGACCCAGGAACAAAUGAAUCACGAGAAGCUCCUCACGACGAGGAAAUGCAAAGGUGCUGCUGCUGAUGCUGCCCUCGCCAAGGCCAAGGCUGUUCAAACGGCCGAUUCCAAUUCUUCCGCCUCUCAGGCCGACCGUCGCACGGUGGAGGCGUAACAACACCUUAUUGCCACGGUGAUGGCACAGGGGUCCCAGGCCCCAAUCCUUAAUUCUGGCGCUUCCGAAGUCGUGGCGCCCUUGCUGACCGUCCAUCCCCAUGACGGGGAGAAGGCGAAGGACAAGAAGUCCAAAAGGCCCCGGGGGGCUUCCUCUUCGGCCCCCGAAGAGCAAGAGUUGAUUCUUCCUUCCCUUGGACGUCCGGCUCAUGACGUCUGGCAGGAGAUUGCUUCCCUGGUCGGCGUGGAAGUGCCUCCCCGGACGUCUUCGGAGGCCUCCAAUGCGGUUCUGGCCGCCGCUCUUCAGGUCGGGCUCUCCACCCUGCAAGCCGAGGCUGCUCGGGACGCCGACGCCCUCCAGGCCAAGAAUAAGGCAGAUGCGGCCUUGAAGAAGGCGAGGGAGGCCGUUCGUCUUCAGGAGAAGGAGACGGCAGCCAAGGAAAAGGAGCUGCAGGCCGCUCUGAAGGUAGCUCGCGAAUCUUCCGCGAAGCUUGCGGCCCUGGAGAAGGCCGGAUUCAAGCUCGUCCCGGCUCUCCCUGCCCCCAAGGACGAGGCCCC